ACUCUCUCCUAAGUCUCUGUCGGCGGCACGGCCGUGAUUACUGCCUCCCAGCUCUUCAGCGUCAUUCUCAACUUUCGUGUCGCGCCACUUGGUACAGUGACCCUUCUGGGUGCUUUACCUCAAUAAAUCCCCUCCACCAAGGCUCUUUCUUUCCUCCAGCUCCCACCUUUACCACCCCGGGACCCAUCGCGGUGAUGCCUCCGCCAAUUUCUCGCUUUCCAAGUGGGCCUAAUGCUAUUUCGUCCUACCAUCAGCAGUUCUCCCAUGCCCAGCAUUCUACCAGCCAUGGGCCCCCGCUAACAGGAAACCCCGGCUACCUCAAUCCGAACAACCAGGUAAACCCAUUCUCGGCAGCGAAUAACUUGUUAGGCCUGGCUGGCGGACUCGGUGGUGGCGGCUUCAAUGUUGGCGGAGACUCGGGCCUCGCGAGCCAUGCCGCGCGCAUGGGCUUUGCACAUGGGGGCAACCUCCAGCAACAACAGCAGCAUCAACAACACCAGCAUCAACAACACCAGCAGCAACAACAUCAAACUCAGCCGCAGCCACAUUCACAGCAACAACCGCAACAAUCUCACUCGCAACCGCAUCAACAGCACUCUCAGCCUAUGCAGCAUGCCCAACAUGCCCAGCAACAGCAGCAGCAGCAGGCCCACGCCAUGGCUGACCACGCCUCCCGGACUCAGAAUCGAGGCCGGAUACGGGAGGUCUGGAAACACAACCUGAUUGAGGAAAUGGCAAAUCUACGGGAGCUCAUCGAGCGAUAUCCAUAUAUAGCUAUGGAUACCGAGUUCCCGGGCGUCGUAUCGAGACCUAUGGGCGGCUUCCGUGGCAAGAGUGACUACCACUACCAGUGCCUCCGGACGAAUGUCGAUAUGCUCAAGGUCAUCCAGAUUGGCAUAGCACUAUUCAAUGAGGACGGCGAGCAGCCACCUGCGCGACCCACGUCGACAGACUCUACCGAUUUGAGCGUUGGCGGUCGGCGGGGGGGCAGUCAGGCGCCGUUUCCCUAUGCCUGGCAGUUUAAUUUCAAGUUUUCGCUCACCGAGGACAUGUACAACCAGGCAUCGAUCGAUUCGCUACAGCAAGCUGGCAUCGACUUUGCUCUGUUCGAGCGCGAUGGCAUCGACCCGCACGAUUUCGCCUCUCUCUUAAUCCCUUCGGGCAUGCUGUGCUUUGACGAAGUCCGCUGGAUAAGCUUCCACGGUGGCUACGACUUUGGGUACCUAACGAAGCUCCUAAUCUGUCGCCUCUUGCCGAAUGACGAGGUUGAGUUCGACAAGAUCAUGAAGCUGUAUUUCCCAUCUACAUACGACGUCAAGCACCUCAUGAAGCACGCCAUCAAGCUGCACAAUAGCGGCAUGCUGACCCCUAAUGAUCCAAGCACGGUCGAGGUUCUCCAGAAAUUCGAGCAGAAAUCAGGUCUCGAGCACAUCGCCGAGACGCUAAAGAUCAAGCGCGUUGGCAACGCGCACCAAGCUGGAUCUGACAGCCUACUUACGGGACGUGUGUUUUUCGAGCUUCGUAAGCGAAUCUUCAAUGGCGAGAUUGCAGAUGACCAAGUCGGCAAGGUUUGGGGUCUCGGGGUCCCCGACUUUUCACUUGUUGGCAUGACUAUCGGUAGCGGCGGCAAUUCAGGCGGGGGCCAGGCCGAUAUUUCACCUCCGGGCGGCCAAAACGGCACGGGCGCUCAGAACGUCACGCCGAGCACGCCAAACACGGCCAAUGUCGGCCUAGUCAGCACCCCUGCUGCGGCGUCACACAACACCAACAGCAUGGGCAUGGGACCGAUGACGCCCGGCGGCGGCGGUGGUGUGUUUGGAGCGUUUGCUUUCGGUGGGAAUGGAAGGUAAAUGAAAGCGGAUACACUGGAAUGUGUUAGCUAGCGUUGGUGAGCGGCGAGUGGGAGCGGAGAUGUACGAUGGGACGUUCCUAAAAAGUGAAGCCAAGCGAGGAAUUGUUUGUAUUCGUUGUCUUUUUGUUUUCUAUCUCACCACUUUUUAUGGGGGACCGCGUGUGUUUUGGCGCUUGCGUGUGUGAGGGAAUACUCAGAAACCGAAACAGCGAGAAACUCUACC